AUGGAUGCAACAUCCCGUGCCGAUGAGUACGACCAUCCGGUAUCAGAUCUAAUCUAUGUAGUUAGCAAUAUUCCCGGUCCGGGCAGUCGAUUAGACGACUUCGAAUCGGAAUUUUCAGUCGGCUGUUCGUGCGACCAGACUUGUCGGAAUGACUGUUUGUGCAAUCGUGGCACCACGAACUACGUUGACGGACGCUUGGUUCUGGAUAAGCAGAGCUUAAUCGUCGAGUGCAACGCCAACUGCACCUGCGCGGAGAUCUGUGGCAAUCGGGUGGUUCAGCUUGGUCCAUUAAGUUGUUUAGAAAUAUCAGAAGCUAAUUGUAAUCGAAUGGGUUUCGGUCUGUUCACGACCAAGUCUAUCCGAAAGGGCCAGUUUAUCUGCGAGUAUGCCGGUGAAGUCAUUGGCAUCGAAGAGGCCAAAAAGCGUCUCGAAGAAAACAAAGCUGCGGGUCGCAUGAACUACGUGCUCGUCGUCUCGGAGCACAUUGGUGAGAAGAGGAUCACGACUUGCAUAGAUCCAGCCAAGUUUGGUAAUAUCGGGCGAUACGCGAACCACAGCUGCCAACCCAACUCUGUGCUUGUACCUGUUAGAGCAGAUAUCGUAGUACCAAAACUAUGCUUGUUCGCCAUCCGAGACAUCGAACCCAUGGAGGAAAUAACUUUCAAUUAUGCAGGGGACGCGACCGAUUCCGUCCAGAACCUCAGCGACACGCCCUGUCUAUGCGGUUCUGGUUGUUGCCUUGGGUUUUUGCCACACAGUCCCCUGUAG